UAUUUUUCUCGCGGUUCUGGUUCCUGUUCUGAUCCCGGUCUGGUUUUGAACCCUCUGCACAAGAGGGUACGAUAUAUAAUUAUAGUUGCUGGUUGGUUUGCGUAACCCUAAUACGAUUCUCCUGCCUGCCGCUUGUUUCCGUCCAUCUCUUCUCUAGCUUACGCCGCCUCCAUCUUUCAAAAGAGUGUGAACAUGGCUCGCCGGAGCUCUGGAAGAUCUACUCGACCUAUUCCUUCUCGCCGAGCUCCAGCACCAGCUCCUGUAAAGAGUGCACCUCCUGCAGCACCCAUGCAAAGCAGUGGUGGGGGGUCUAUGUUGGGAAACAUUGGGUCUACCAUCGCUCAAGGUAUGGCUUUCGGUACCGGAAGUGCUGUGGCUCAUCGGGCUGUAGAUGCUGUAAUGGGUCCACGCACGGUUCAGCAUGAAAUGGCUGUGGCUCCAACACCUGAGACUCAAGUGUCAUCUGUAUCCAACAGCUUUGGUGGCUCUGAGGCUUGCAAUACACACUCUAAGGCUUUCCAAGAUUGCUUGAAUGCCUCUGGAAAUGACAUCAGCAAGUGCCAAUUCUACAUGGAUAUGCUGUCCGAGUGCCGCAGGAAUGCAAUGCUAAAUGCGUAGUCAUUCGGCUAUUGUGUUGUUUGCUCUAUGAAAUGCUCUUGAAGCUUUUACUUUUUAAUAUUGGUGUCUAACUGCACCAUUUGAAUGGUUGGGGAUUUGAUCUGAACACGGGUUUCAAAUAAACAUUUUAAUAGUUCUAUCCCAUUCUGGGUCUUGCGUUUCAUUUGCACUAGGCUUGUUUUCCG